AUGCGAUUCUGUGAUGCGAUCCUAACCUGUGCCUUCACUGUUGUCUCUGUUGGUGCCAUAAUUCUGGGUGUCAGAGAAUUGCCUGCGAGAAGCAUUCACAACUCACCUUUGGCAGACCACAAAACCCUAGAAGACUCCCCAGACCUCGCACCAGUGCCGGAAUUGGAGGCUAGAGUGGUGCUGCCCACUGCAUGGAUUAAAGAAUUUUUGGCGUCCAAAUCCUAUGAGGUCUCAGUGCAACUGACGGGCGACAAUCGACCUCUUGUCUCAAAGUUUACGAAUUUGGAACGAACAAUGUCAAACGAACACGACCUACGCUCAUGGACUCGCUACAUAGUCGAUCAUGAUCGAGAAGAUCCAGAUAUUGAGCUCGAAGAUGAGGAGGAGGAAAGCGUCGACCUAAAAAUUGACGAGUUCAUUCUGUACUUGGUAGAGAAUAGAGGAUUUAAGGCCGAAGACCUCCGCUUCUUGCAUCGUCAGGAUCUCGACUAUGGAUACGAGCAGAUUGAAGAAGAACUUUCAAUAAUCUACGAACGUGAAAGGAGCGCACACAACAUUGAAGUAUGGGGUGAGGUUCUGGAGGCCAGCGUUUCGCAUGUCCGAACAUCAUUUGUUAUCACAAGUGUAGCAUUAGUGUCCGGUGCUCUCAUAAUAGCCAUAUGA